AUGUCCGAACCCGACAAGAAACACCAACCAGACCCCUACACCGAAGAACAAAUCUCUCCAGCGUCCACCACCGACCUCGAUACCAGCUACUCAAGCUACAAAAGCCAUGAAGGCUCACCAAUCGAUCCAGCCGAAGCCAAAAGAGUGCUACGCAAGAUCGACAUGCGUAUCGUUCCCAUCCUCUUUGUUGUCUACCUCCUCCAAUACCUCGACAAGAACUCUUUAAACUUUGCCGCUGCAUAUGGAUUUCAAAAAGGCACACAUUUGCACAAACAAGAGUACUCUUGGUUGGGAUCGAUUUUUUACUUUGGAUAUCUUGGUGCGCAGUUUCCGAGUGGUUGGUUGUUGCAGAAAUUGCCUAUUGCUAAGUUUCUUGGGACGACGACUGUUAUUUGGGGUAUUAUUCUCAUCACUACACCAGCAUGCACCAACUUCGCUGGCGUAGCGACCAAUCGCUUCCUCCUAGGUACCUUUGAAGCUGUUGUGAAUCCUGGCUUCGUUCUCAUUAUGGGCAUGUGGUGGACCGCCGCCGAACAGCCCCUCCGCCUCGAAGCAUACUACUGCACCAACGGCAUAGCAACCAUGGUGGGUGGUCUCCUGGGCUACGCAAUCGGACACAUAACCACCGGCAGCCUCGCUCGCUGGCAAUACGUCUUUCUCAUCUUUGGCAGUGUCAGUAUCGUCUGGGGUAUUGUGGUCCUCCUCUUUUUACCCGACCUACCUUCGACUGCAAAGUUCUUGACUGAGAGGGAAAGAUAUGUUGCUGUAGAAAGAGUGGCUAGGAAUAGGCAAGGAGUUAAAAACAGCAGGUUCAAGAGGUAUCAGUUGGUGCAGACGAUCAGGGAUCCGAAGACUUGGAUUCUUUUUGUUAUGGCUGUGGGGGCGCAGGUGCCUAAUUCUGCUUUGACGAGUUUCACCUCCAUCAUCGUUUCUUCCUUCGGCUUCGACACCCUCGGCACCCAGUAUCUCCAAAUCCCUGGCGGAUUCAUUCAAUUUGCUGCUCUGCUGGGUGGCGGAUUCAUCUGUUCACGCUUCCCGAACUCCCGUUGUAUCGUUAUGAUCAUCGCAAAUUGUAUCUGCAUCAUUGGAGCUGCUAUGCUAGUCGCCCUCCCUUCCAGCAACAAAUGGGGAAGGCUGGUAGCAUUAUGGCUAUGCUAUUUCCAGGGCCUCGGGUUUAGUAUGAGUCUGACGAUGGUGAGUAGUAAUGUUGCGGGUUGGACGAAGAAACAGUGUACCGGAACGAUAUUGUUUGUGGGUUAUUGUGUUGGAAACAUUAUCGGACCCCAAACCUUCAGAGAUAGCGAGAAACCUGGUUAUCACAGUGCUUACAUAGCCAUGUUGGUAGGCUAUGUGGUUAAAUUGGGUAUGGUUGUUGUGCUGUACGUUUACAUGUACACGGCAAACAAGAAACGAGAUCGCGAGGCUGGAAACAUGUCUGCUGAGGAAGAAAGACUGGCUAUUGAGCAGGGUAUGCAAGAUGAGACUGAACUUGACAACAAGGGAUUUAGAUAUACUCUGUAG